CAAAGCUUUAGCUUCGACAAAACCCUUAAGCUUAGCACUAGCUACUAGAGACGUCAAAGAGUUUGAAGGAAGACAAAAAUGGUGAAAUCAAAGAAAGAAGAUCUAAAUCAAUUUCUAAUUCCUCGUCUUAACACCAUCUACGAUACUCUACAGUUGUUCGAUCGAACAGCUUCUCCUACAGUGGAGAAAGUUAAUUGGAACGAUGUUCUCCAGAUGUCUGAUCACCUCUCUAAACAAGCCACCAUAGUGGGAAUGCUAUGGACUGGAGAAUCUCCUAAAGCUGAAUCACUUAAAGAGACAAUGGAGUCUUACUUCAAUGCUCUUCAAGGGUUUUUGCUCUGUUGCCAUGGAAGCACAGUUGGUGCUGGACCUACACUUUCCUCAAUCAUACAUGUUUCUGUUAAGCAAAUCGUUGAUUCCAGCUUUAGAUUGUUGCAGGGUUCUGUCUCCUUAUACGAGGGAUCAUAUGAGAAGGAUAAGAAGCCUUCUAUUCCGCAGCUUUCGGGAGUGGUUUGGGAGGCAUGUUCCAGUUUCAAGAAGGUUCCUGCAACAAACAUUGUUGCGAUUGGUAGGGCUAUUACACAGGUUGCGGUUUCCAUGAAGGAUGUUCUUAGGGAGAUGAAAGAGGUGAAGCCAGCUUGUCAUUCAGCUGAAUGUGAGGCAUCUGGUGAUAAUAUGUCGGGUGAUGAUGAUGACGAUUUAGGUGAUGAUUUGUCUCCUGAAGAAAUGGAAGUUGCUAGGAUGGUUGCUGAGAUUGUGUCUGAGACAAUCAUGGUGAUAAAAGAACUCAUUCGAGUUAUCACUGGGAUGAUUAAGAUGGAGAACCCAAAUGAUAAUAGCGGGUUUGUGGAGUCACUUGAGAAGCUACUGAAGCUGUGUCAAGGAACCGGUGUACAAAUCGAUGAGCUUGGAGCUUGCGUCUAUCCACCGCAAGAGAUGAACAAGAUGAAACAAACGGUAAAGAUAAUACAGGGGAAUCUCAACGAAUUUGAAACUGAAGUUGAGCGUUUGAAGAGUUCUUCAGACGGCUGUUCGGGAGCUUGCGAAAAGCUGCGAAACUCGUUGAAACACAUGGAAACUGAAUUGGAUAAAAGAUGUGAAGCAGAGCUAGUAGUUGAAAUGCAGAAUGUUACUCUUGGCAAUUAGAAAGAGUUUGGAUUUUGCAAUUGAGAUUUUUUUUGGUUUGUUUCUGUCGGUAAGUGGCUUGUGCCUUUAGCAUUCAUGUAAUGUUCAAUGUGUUGCAUACGUUAUAGAUAUGGUACUUAGAUUUUGUUUUCGUCAUCUCGAAAUCAGAUAUUGAGAAUAGAUUUCGAACA